AUGAGUAAGCUGCAGAGUCUCAGCAUGCAGGAGGCAGUGGACACCAUGGUGAAAGGGCUGGAGUGGAAGAAUAUCUGCAAGAUGCAGGGUACCAUGUUCCGGUGCAGUGCCACCUGCUGUGAAGAUACCCAGGCCUCCAUGCAGCAGGUUCAUCCGUGCAUUGAACGCUGCCAUGCUCCCUUGGCCCAGGCACAGGCCCUUGUGACCAGCGAACUGGAGAAAUUCCAGGAUUGCCUGGCUUGGUGCACCAUGCACUGCAAUGACAAAGCCAAAGACUUGAUGGAUGCUGGGAGCAAGGAGCAGCAGGCGAAGAGGCAGCUAGAGUCCUGUGUGACCAGACGUGUUGAUGACCACAUGCCCCUCAUCCCCACCAUGACCAAGAAGAUGAAGGAUUCCCUGGCAUCUACUGCAAAAUAA